UCUUCAUUGCGUUAUAUUAUAGGCAAACCACCAUGAGUCUCAAGUUAACAGUAUGUGUACUAGUGUUCGUGGUGUAUGCAUCACAUGUUGAAGCUCGUCGGUCAGGUAAAAAAAACAAAGGACAGAGGUUUUGUCAUUACUAUGACUUAGACGAGUAUGCUCCUUCACGUGACACAUGGGAGAAAGCCAGGAAACAUUGUCAAAGAAAAGGGGGAGAUUUGGUACAGAUUGGUAGUCCUAAUGAAGAUUACCGUGUCAACAAAAUGCUGGAAGACGUCAUAAACAAGGGAAAUGGCGAUGGAUGGUACAUUGGAGCCAAAUAUGUAAACGGAGAAUGGCGAAUGGCCGAUGGAUCUCCAAUGUGGUACACUAAUUUCCCUAAAUACGUCCAAGAAGCAUUUAUGAUGUCAGACUCUCCAUCUGACACAGCACGUAUUACAAAUUUCGCCGCCAUAUUUUAUGACGUCACAGCGAAUGGUUAUGAAACUUACAACUGGGGUUACGUUUCACCUAGAGACAGAAGUAAAUUAGGAACAAUCUGUGAAAUAAAGAAAUGUUAAUUAUGAAAUAA